UAACUCCGACCCAUCUGUUUGUUUCUCGAGAAACAGAAAGAAAAAUUAUCUUUAAACGUCAAUUUCUCCUCCUUUUCACGGAAACCGAGCGGAUCGCUACGCUUUUCGCGGUUGUCUAUUCCUUCUUAUUGCUAGAUCUGUUCGCUUGUUUAUCUGCUUUGAUAAAGUGUUGAGACUUACAGGUUUAAAGAAAUUUAGGGAGUUGGUUUUGGGUGAGGCGAAGCAGGAAAUGAUUAAAAGGUAUGGAGUGUUUUGAUGUGCAGAAACUAUCAUGUUGCAGUGCAUAGAUGGAUUUAAGCAUGUAUGUGCUUCCCUGUUGCGGUGUUGUGACCUUGAUUUGUACAAACAGUCAAGAGGCCUUGAAGAUCCUGAAGUUCUAGCUAGAGAGACAGUGUUUAGUGUAAGUGAAAUCGAGGCACUUUAUGAACUGUUUAAGAAGAUCAGCAGUGCUGUGAUUGAUGAUGGGUUGAUUAACAAGGAGGAGUUCCAGUUAGCGUUAUUCAAGACAAACAAAAAGGAGAGUUUGUUUGCUGAUCGGGUUUUUGACUUGUUUGAUACAAAACACAACGGGAUACUAGGUUUUGAAGAGUUUGCUCGUGCUCUGUCUGUUUUCCAUCCAAAUGCCCCUAUUGAUGAUAAAAUUGAGUUUUCAUUUCAACUGUAUGAUCUCAAGCAGCAAGGUUUUAUUGAGAGGCAGGAGGUGAAGCAAAUGGUAGUAGCUACACUUGCUGAAUCUGGUAUGAACCUUUCAGAUGAUGUUAUAGAAAGUAUUAUCGACAAGACCUUUGAAGAAGCAGAUACAAAACAUGACGGGAAGAUCGACAAAGAAGAGUGGAGAAGCCUUGUUUUACGACAUCCAUCCCUUCUGAAGAAUAUGACCCUUCAAUAUCUCAAGGACAUCACGACAACGUUUCCAAGUUUUGUGUUCCAUUCGCGGGUUGAGGAUACCUGAAUGCCGUCAAGAUACAAGUAUUUUGUUUCCUUCUGGGUGUUUGGGGUUUCAACGGACUAAUGCACAUUCAAGAUUGUUUUGUUGAGAUUAUUUGACAUUUUGGGUUCAUUUAAACUUUAUUAAGGUAUGGACAUCGAACUCCUUUUCUGUGUCAUAAAAUUCGGACCAACUAGUCAAACUGGUUCAAUUGGGACUUGGUGAUCAGUUUGGUUCGGUUGAGAUUUAAAGUUUAUUUAGUUAUUGGAUUGGAUGGACUUGCGGUUAAGCAUUAGUUUGGAUCGACCUGUUGGGUUGUGCUUCAACUAUUAGAUCAAUUUGAUUAAAUUGUCAUAUAAAAUUUUACAAUUGCAAGAAUGAUUAUACAUUUUUUUUAUCA